AUGGAGGACUUGAAGAACCCAAUUACUUUCCAAUGCGUCUCCUGCAAUACCAUCUUGACAGAUUCUUUCUUUUUGCUGGAAAGGAUCGAAGACAGCCUGCUUUUUACAGAUGCUCCAAACGCCGUUGUGGGGAGCGAAGUCACGAGUGUCUCAGAGGCGGAUAAGUCUGCCGUUCCGACGGUGUGCUCGUACUCUGUUGUAAAGUGCGUGUGCGACAAGGAGAUAGGGCGGAAGUACUUGACUGUAAAUAGCACGCUCACAAACUGCCUGAACAACUUUCUGAUAGAGAUACAGGCCAUACGCGGGUACCAGCUGGGCAUAAAAACUGCGCAGACAGACCACACUGUAAUGACAAACUCUGAAAUAAACACAGAAAUAACAAAGCUGCAGCGGUUCUGUACGUUCCUGUACAGCAAGAUAAAGGAAAUAAAGUAA